AUGAAAAAAUUACCCAAAAGUUAUCUUGAACCUAAAAUUUUUGAUAACAAAUAUAUAAUCAAGAAUCAACUCAGCUCAGGAUCUUUCGGUGUUGUUUAUCUGGCAAUUCACAGAGUAACCAGAGAAGAAGUUGCAGUCAAAUUAGAAAAAGGAGAACAUGAAACUUUGGAUCGAGAACUUUAUUUACUGACGAAAUUAUAAGGAAUACAAGGAAUAACAAAAAUUGUAUUGGUUUGGAGCAGAGCAAAAUUAUAAUGUAAUGGUUGUUGAA